AUGGAUUCUGCUUCUGUUCAUUCCAAUAUUGUUGUGAAAAGUAGUUUCAUGGCCGAAGAAGCUCUCGCUAAUUUUGGUUUGUUUAUCGAUAGUGAAAAUCGAAUCCGUUUGAUCGAUCCCGAACGCAUCACUGAUUCCAAUCAACUACGAGAUGAUUGCAAAGAUUUUACCGAGAACGUGUUCGAAUUCAAAAAGUUGGUGGACACGUUGAUCGAAAGAACAGAAGAAUAUUCGAAACAAGUAGAAGCUGUUCGACUUAAAACAAUAGGUGCAAAGAAUCUUAUGAAAUCCACUGCUAAACAUCGUAAAUUUGAAAAGCAACAAUUACAAUCUUUGAUAAAAGAGAAAAUGAUCGAACUUGACCGACUUCGAGUUGAAUAUGAAUCACUGCAAAAAAUCAACCAUAGUCAAAAUGAACAAAUGCAAUAA